AGCAAGGAGCAGAUCGCGGCCAUGCGUGCCGGGCUGCUCCGUGUGGUGCCCCAGCCUGUGCUGGACCUGCUCACCUGGCAGCUGAUGGAGAAGAAGGUCUGCGGGGACCCUGAGAUCACUGUGUCUGAACUGCGGAGGUUCGUCACAUUUGAGGACUUUGCGCCCAAUGACACCCGUAUCCAGAACUUCUGGGAGGCACUCAACAACUUCACGAGUGAGGAUCUCAGCCGCUUCCUCAAGUUCGUCAGUGGCCGGAGCCGCCUUCCAGUUCAGAUCACUGUCUACCCGGAAAGGGCAAACUUGAACGCGGUGGAUGUGAUGCCACAGGCCUCCACAUGCUCCUGCACCUUCUUCUUGCCCAGCUAUUCCUCGGCCAAGGCCUGUGAGGAGAUGCUGCGGUACGCUGUGUACAACUGUGUGUCCAUCGACACCGACAGGAACUCCUGGGAUGAAUGA